CCACCUCGGAACUCAUGAGAAUCCAUUCGGGGUCGCUGCCCCAGCGGGCACGCCUACAUGUUCCUCGAAUCCCGACUCUCUCCCACCAAACCGUAUGCGGCGUCCACAACUAUGCGCGGACGGCCGCGGUGCUGCGGGCGAACUCCGCGCUGACCACCGGACCUCGUCCAACGCUGAACCGAACGACAAUUCAAUCCAUGACCGAGCAGAAGAGGUGGAUCAGUCAACGGUACUUGCAACGGCUCGAAGAAGCCCGACAGGAAUGGGCCCAUUUCUCCCGGCAGAUCAAGGAAGGGAAACGGAAGAAUUUCGCACAGCAUCUUGAAGACAGAGGACUGUUGCACGAUGUCGUCGGGGAACGGGAGCUUCUGCACCGCGUGUUCACCGAGAAAAGGGCUGGUAUGUAUGCCGGCGUCGAUCCUACCGCUCCUUCUCUUCAUGUUGGACAUAUGUUGCCGUUUAUGGUUCUGGCAUGGGGUUAUGUCUGGGGUUUGCCUGUACACUUCAUCCUUGGCGGUUCAACAAGCCGCAUCGGUGAUCCUACUGGGCGACUAGCGGGCCGAGAACAGGUCAAGGCAUCGGUUCGAAAGGCAAACAUGGCGUCGAUGCACAUUCAGCUAAAGAGGCUCGGCAAGAGCAUUGAGGCUUACGGCCGAAGACAUGGUUACGAGAAGGAAUGGUCCUGGAGGCGGAGUAUCACCAACAAUAAUACGUGGUGGACUAGUGUCACUUUCAUGGAGCUCGUACGAGAUCUGGGCUCCUACAUGCGGCUGGGCCCCAUGCUUGGAAGGGAUACCGUCAAGAACCGGUUGGAGAAAGGAGACGGAAUGUCGGUUGCCGAAUUCAUGUAUCCUCUGAUGCAGGCAUGGGACUGGUGGUAUCUGUUCCGGAGGGGCGUGCAGGUCCAAGUUGGAGGCGCCGAUCAGUACGGAAACAUUCUGUUCGGCAUGGAAGCCGUCAAGACGGCUAGCAGAAACACCGCCAACGAGCAGGAGCGCAAUUUGUUGGAGGAUGAAAUCGACAGGCCUAUCGGGAUGACAACGCCCCUGCUCACGACUUCUUCAGGGGAGAAGUUUGGCAAGUCGGCUGGCAAUGCGAUCUGGCUUGACAAGGAGAUGACAUCCACCUUUGAGCUAUACCAGUUCUUUGUCCGUACUCCCGACGACGUUGUGGAGAAAUACCUCAAGAUGUUCACUUUCUUGCCCUUGCCGGAAAUCGAGAAGAUCAUGGCGGAGCAGGUUUUGGACCCGUCCAAGCGCGUGGCCCAGCAUGCUUUGGCCGCAGAAUUCGUGGAACUCAUUCACGGCAAACAGGAAGCGGACGCAGUCGCCCUCCAACACCGCCAACUCUUCCGCCCAAGAUCCUCCACCGCUGAACCCACUCCUCUCCCUGGCCAGCCCAAGCCCCAUCCCAUCCCUCAGUCGCCGUACGCAAAGGAUGCCAACAUGGCGUCCGGCAACAUCUACGCCCCUCAAACGAAUUUCAGCAACAUGCCCGCCCACCGAAUUGAGCUCCCUAGAUCUCUAGUCGAGAAUCAACCUUUACACAAACUUCUCUGGAGUUCAGGUCUGGUGAAUUCCAAGAGCGAGGGACACCGUCUCGCUGCGAACGGUGGGGCGUAUGUUGGAAGCCGCCCCGGCGCAAGCGGGCCCAUGUCCGACAGCCUGGAAUACACGCCCAUCAGGAUCUGGCUUCCGGAGAGGACGAAAGAGUUUGUCGUUGACGGAGAGCUUCUGUUCCUUAGGGUAGGCAAGUGGAAGUUCAAGAUCAUCCAGAUCAUCAGCGAUGAAGAAUUCGCCAAGAAGGGACUGACCUGCCCGGGAUGGGAGCCCGAGAGCGCGGAGUCCAAGCCCUGAGCUGAGAGCUAGGGAUAGUCAUUCGCCUCUCAGUGUAUAACAGAGACCUGUACAUAUAUCGCAUACC